GUCUGAGCUGCCGCGGCCGCUGUUGCCGGAGCCAUGUACCGCAGCGGCGCCCGCUCCUCCGUGUCUUCACACCGGCCUAAAGAGAGCGGCGGGGGCGGCCCGCGCACCGGCCGCAGCUCGGGCUCCUCCUCGGGCCCGGCUCGCCGCACCUCGCCGCCGCCGCCCUCCGGCUCCUCGUCGCGGACCCCGGCUCGCCGGCCCCGCUCGCCCUCAGGGCAUCGCGGCCGCCGGGCCUCGCCGUCCCCGCCACGGGGUCGCCGCGGCUCUCCAUCCCCACCCCGCGGCCGCCGGGCCUCGCCGUCCCCGCCGCGGGGUCGUCGCGUCUCCCCAUCCCCGCCGCGGGCCCGUCGCGGCUCCCCGUCGCCGCCGCGGGGCCGACGACUCUUCCCGCCGGGCCCGGCCGGUUUCCGAGGUAGCAGCCGGGGGGAGUCCCGCUCCGACUUCGCCCGGGACGGCCGUGGAGACCAUCCAGGCGACAGCGGCAGCCGGAGACGUUCUCCUGGUCUGCGUUCUGACUCUUCUUUGGAACAGAGCUUAAGGAUCACUGUUGGCAAUGACCACUUCUGUGUCGGCAUACCAGAACGGCGGCGGCUUAGUGAUCGACUGGGGUCACCAGUGGAUAAUCUGGAGGAUAUUGACAGGGAUGACUUGGCUGAUGAUUCUGUCUUCACUCGAAGUUCCCAGUGCUCUCGAGGUCUUGAGCGGUAUAUUUCCCGGGAGGAGGGGCCUCUCAGUCCCUUCUUGGGACAACUGGAUGAGGACUACCGAACAAGGGAAACUUUCCUGCAUCGUUCUGAGUACAGUCCCCAUAUCAGUUGUCAUGAUGAGAUGUUGCAUGGAACAGAACGAAGUAGAGACAAACUCAAAGGCUCCUACUCAGUACGAGCUGAGGAAAGGAGCCAGGAGGCCAAACGGCCUCGUUACGAUGACACAGAGAAGAUGCACAGCAUGGGAAGUGAUCACCCAAGUUUCACAUCGGGGAGCCGCAACUAUCGACAGCGUCGACGGAGCCCGAGCCCUAGGUUUCUAGACCCUGAGUUUCGAGAGCUGGACCUUGCCAGGCGAAAACGAGAGGAAGAGGAGGAGAGAAGUAGGAGCUUGAGUCAGGAGCUGGUGGGAGUUGAUGGUGGUGGCACAAGCUGUCCCAUCCCUGGAUUGUCAGGUGUCCUAACAGCAUCGGAGCCAGGAUAUUCUUUACAUCGGCCUGAAGAAGUAUCUGUGAUGCCCAAGAAGUCAAUUCUGAAGAAGCGGAUCGAAGUGGACAUGGAGCCUUCCAUGCAGCUUGAGAGUUUUGGCAGCAGUACCAACUCCAGCCAGGAUCACCCUCUCUACUCCGGACACCCAUCUGUUCCACUAAGUGGUGCUAUUGCUGCUUUUGCUUCAGAGAUUGAAGACAACAAAGGGACUUUGGUGGAGACAACCCUCAAGGAACCUCAGGGCGGCCUCUUCCAGUGGGGUCCGCUCGCUGGGAUGCCCAAGGACAACAGUCCUCUCAGAGAGAAGUUUGGAAGUUUUCUGUGCCACAAGGAGAAACUGGAUAUGAAGGCUGAGGGACCUGAGCGGCACACAGACUUCUUGCUGCCCCAUGAGAGAGCCAGCCAGGAUGGCAGUGGUUUUUCCCGCAUUCUGAGCAUGUUGGCAGAUUCUACCAGUACACAGGAAAAAAGACGCCGUAGCUUCCCUGACAUUGAGGAUGAGGAGAAAUUUCUCUAUGGUGAUGAAGAAGAGGAUUUAAAAGCAGAAUCGCCACCCAAGCCCGUUGGGGGCUGUGAGAGUGAAGUUAUAAGGCAGAAGGCAAGCUCCCUGCCCUCUUCGGCUCCAGCUGUAAAGCUGGAAUCAGUAGAAGAGACCAAUCCAGAAUAUGCCAAGAUUCAUGACUUGCUCAAGACCAUUGGGCUGGAUAUUGGGGUAGCAGAGAUUAGUAAACUGGCUGCACGCACGCAGGAACGACUUCAUGGCAAGAAGCCGUCCCGUUCUUCCGCUGACCGCCGUUCCUCAGUUGACCGACACUUUUCCGCAGACCGCUGUUCCUCUGUGGAUCGCCGUUUCUCAGCUGAUCGGCGUUCCUCAGAUCCUCACAAACUGGAGAGCAGGGAGGCACACCAUAGCAAUACCCAUUCCCCACAGGUGUCCCAUCCGCACCCAGUCUCCCCCGUGGAUCCUUACCUGCUCACCAAAAACAGCCCCCCGUUCCUCAAGUCUGACCAUCCAGUGGGUCAUAUUGCAGGAACAGAGGUGGUUGGCAGUGGAUUUCAGUCAUCUGUUGCAGUCCGGUGCCUUUUGCCAUCAGCUCCAUCUGCCCCAAUUAGACUCCCACACCCUGCUUCUUUAUCGCAGUUUCAUGUGCCAAGAGCCUCUCAGUUUGCUCCAGCUCGGAUACCUCCAAACUACCAGGGCCCUGCCAUUGCCCCCGCUUCCUUUGAUGCCUACAGGCACUACAUGGCAUAUGCAGCCUCCAGGUGGCCCAUGUACCCUGCCUCCCAACCAUCAAAGCACCCUCUACCUGAACCACACAGGGUCAUUCCAGGUACCAAACAAGCUACUCGUAGCCGUCCCAACCUGCGUGUGAUUCCCACUGUGACUCCUGCCGAGCCCAAGCAGGAGGAGUCAGUGCUCGGCUCAAUUCCUGCUGCCCAAGUGCCUGUCCAGAUGUCCAUCCCAUCGCUCAUAAGGUACAAUCCGGAAAAGAUCUCGGAUGAGAAGAACCGUGCUUCCCAGAAGCAGAAGGUUAUUGAAGAGAGGGAAAAGCUAAAGAGUGACCAGGAAGCGCGCCAGAAGAAGAUGUACUAUCUCAGGACCGAGUUGGAGCGGCUUCAUAAACAACAAGGGGAAAUGCUGCGCAAGAAACGAAGGGAGAAAGAUGGCCACAAAGACCCACUCCUGGUGGAGGUGAGUCGGCUUCAGGAUAACAUUAUGAAGGACAUCGCAGAACUUCGACAAGAGGCAGAAGAGGCUGAAAAGAAGCAAUCUGAACUGGACAAAGUGGCUCAGAUCUUGGGAAUUAACAUUUUGGAUAAAUCCCAGAAGUCUUCAAAUGACAGUAAAGAGGCUACAGAGAAGCCUGGGAAAGCAGAAAAAUCUAAGAGUCCAGAAAAAGUUUCAUCGUCCUCAAACUCCUCUUCCAACAGCAAGGAAUCAAAGGUGAACCAUGAGAAUUCCCGGACGAAGAGCCCGAAGCCUGCUGAGCUCCCCCAGCCAGCUGCUAAGCAGUCUGACCAGCCCAUUGCUGCCUAUGAAUAUUAUGACGCUGGCAAUCACUGGUGCAAAGACUGCAAUACCAUCUGUGGGACCAUGUUUGACUUCUUCACCCAUAUGCACAAUAAGAAGCACACACAGACACUGGAUCCCUACAACAGACCUUGGGCUUCAAAGACCCAGAAUGAGGCCAAGCAAGAUGCUGUAAAGCGCACAGACAAGAUCACUGUUCCUGCAAAAGGCUCUGAAUUUCUGAUUCCCAUCACUGGAUAUUACUGCCAGCUCUGUGAGGAAUUUUUGGGGGAUCCAAUAUCUGGAGAGCAACAUGUGAAGGGUCACCAACACAAUGAGAAAUACAAGAAAUAUGUGGUUGAAAACCCAUUGUAUGAGGAGCGGCGGAAUCUGGACCACCAAGCUGGUUUGGCUGUGGUCUUAGAGACAGAACGACGACGUCAGAGUGAGCUAAAGCGCAAACUUAGUGAGAAACCAAAGGAAGAGAAGAAAGAGAAAAAGGCAAAGAUCACGAAAGAAAUCAAGGAGGAUGACAAGGUCUCUGAGGAGUUAGAGGACCGUCUCUCUGAGAGUGGGGACUCUCCUGAAAAGGCUGAAAACAAAAGGAAGGCUAGCAUCAAACUCCAAUUAAAAGAAGAGGUAAAGAAAGAAUCACCAACAUCUUCCUCUUUUGGGAAAUUCAGCUGGAAGAAGCCAGAAAAAGAGGAGGAAAAAAGUUCAGUGGCCCCAAGUAUUCCCAAGGAAGAGACUAUGGAAAGCAGUAAGGACAAAGAGGAUGGCAAAGCGGAAGCUGGGAAGGCAAAGCCCAUCAAAAUCAAGCUGUCUGGGAAAACUGUUGUGGCCCAUACUAGCCCUUGGAUGCCUGUUGUGACAACUUCACCACAGACUAAGAUCCGACCCAACCUGCCCAUCCCAUCCACAGUGCUGCGCAAGUCAGGGCCAGCCGCACUUAGCAAGCCAGCUCCUCUUAACACCUUUCUGUCCAUCAAGUCCUCUGGGGCCACUGCUAAGCCCCUGCCAGUGGUUAAAGAGUCUUCAUCUGAUCUCCUCUUGCCUCCGGACAUCAUCUCCAAAGCAUUUGGAGGCGAAGAGGUGAUUCUAAAAGGAUCUCCAGAGGACAAAAUGGUACUUGCUGAAAAGAAUGAGCCAUCCCAUAUACCUGAACAAAUGCCCCCACCUCCUCCACCACCACCUCCACCACCGCCUCCACCACCUCCAGUGAUACCUCAUCCAGCUGCCCCAACUCCUGCUCAAGCAAAUGCUGUCUUGGCUCCAGUAAAAUCAAACUCAACUGUGUCUCACACUCUCAGCCCUGGCUUCCUUGGUCCUAACAUUUUGAACCCAGGGUUGCCAGUAGCCAUCAUGGCCUCAGCACAGCCAACGGCCAUUCCUUCUGAUGAGACCGCUCCUGGGGUGAGUGAGAGUGACCGGGACCAGACCCUAUUCUCUGUGUUAGUGCGUCCUCCACCUCCCCUGUCAAGUGUUUUCAGUGAACAAGCAAAAAAAUUGGAAAAGCGAAAUUCAUGCUUAGCCACAGCCAAUGCUAAGGACCUGUAUGACAUAUUCUACAGUAGUGGUGGAAAGGGGGCCCCUGAGACUAAGCUGAGUGGUGGUCCAUUGGCCAAUGGAGAAAAUAGCAACUUCUCUAGAGCUGAAAGUUCAGACACCUGUUCCACUUCUGCUUUGAACAGUAGUGCAGCCCAAGAGGUGUUGCCUCCAGAUGGAAGUUUGGUCUCUGCUGCUUUAGUUGGAAACCCUAAAAAGCCCAUUGCAAAAACUGUGGUGUCCCUAGGGAAAUGGUCGGUUGUAGAACACGUAGACUCAAAAAGUAGAUGCAGCAGCUAUGGCUUCCUGCAGCCUCUGACAAGAUUGUGCCAAAGCAGGCCUUAUGAAACUAUUACUCCAAAGACAGACACUUUGGCCAUGUGGACUUCUGGCUCCUUCCAGAGUAACACUAAUAGGGACAUAUCUCCAGAGGGAAAAAUUGAGCUUGACCUGGGAGAGCCAGGGCCACCAGGUGUAGAGCCAGUCCCUCAGCUGUCAGAUAAACACUGUAAUAGUAUGGAUUCGCAGAAGUUGGUAGAAACCCACCUUGUGGAAUCUGGUAACCAGGAUGAGAAAAGCCAAGAGCUCCACCAAUGUAAGGAUUGUAGAGAAAGUGAGAUAGAGACAAACACUGAACUAAAAAAAAGGGGAGCAAAGCUCUCUGAGAGAAUGGUAGGAAAAGGAACAUGUAUCAAUGUUGGGCCUAGUAGCAUAGACGAUUCUAAUUUGACCCAUAGGAACAGAUACAUGUGGGAGGGAAAAACCGAACAGCCCAAGUUGCAGAUGACUGACAAGAAGGCUGAACAGUCCAAAUUGAUGACAGGAAGUGAAAUUCAAAGUAAAGUACUGAUUGAAUUGAAUACACAGGCUCUCUCUUCCUCAAAGGCUAAAAUAGACUCAUUUCCGUCAGAAACUAGGUCUUUACUCCAGAACCCACAAGCUGCAACUGUGAAAAUUUCUGCCCCAGAAUUGCUUCUUCAGUCCCCAGCCAAAUCAGAUGUGGGUUUAACAGAUAGUGCACAGGAGCAAGGAGGUUCAACUGGUAGUGAGGAGUGGCUGGAAAAUUGUGCUCCAGAAUCAGCUUCCAGAACUUCGAGGUACAGAAGCCUCAAACUCAAAAGGGAAAGAUCAAAAGACUUUCAGGGUAAAAUGAUCUAUGAACUGGCUGUUUGGAAUGAGAACAAGAAGAAGCCAGAGACCUGGGAGAGCCCAGAGAAACCAGAAACAGAAGCCCUGGAGCUUCAAGAUGUCCAUCCAGAAUUGACAGUGACAAUGGAAAGCAAGGCCUUAGAAGACUUUGAAGUUGCAGACUUGAAAGUAGAAGAGCUUGCCACCCUGGGGAACCUGGGAGAUAUGGGUGUGGAUUUCUGCAAUAUGCAAAUAGACCCAGCACAUAGAUCCCCAACUACCCUGUCUCAGAAGGUGUGUGAAGAAAAUUCUAUGUCACCUAUAGGAUGUAAUCCCUCCGCUCUCACUGACUUUGAACCAAUCCCAUCCUUUUCUGAGUUUCCAUUAGAUUCUCCCAAAACUGUGCUUAACUUUGGAACAGAGGGUGAACAAAACUCAUCUAAUCCCAGAAAUGGAAGGAUCACUCCUAACAUUUUGAAAACUGGACUUCCUACAGAAAAUGUUGACCUUGGCUUGGGGAACCUAGAGGGAACACACCAGGCCCUUGACCUCUUGGCAGGAGGAAUGAUGUCUGAAGAAGUAGAAGAAACUUCUCAAUUAGAGAAACAAGAUUCACUCAGAUUGGAAUCAGAAACAAUUAACCCUGCAGGCUUCGGGCCAUCCCCUUGCCUUCCAGAUCUUGUUGACUUUGUCACACGGACAUCUGGAGUUCAAAAAGAGAAGUUAUGUUCUCAUCUCUCUGUGCCAGGUGUCCUUCCUGAGUGCAGUUCCUUGGAGAUGGGACCAUUACAGCUAGAAAUAGUUAAUGCAUCCAUCACCGAGGUAGCAGUUCCUCAGGUAGAUGAGGACAAUGGCAGCCCUUUGAAUUUGGUAAAAUCUUUGGCUUCAGGGUCCCCAACAAGGGAGCAGGUAGUUGGAGGCAAUGUGGUCCCUCAGGAAAUACCUGCACACGAAGCUGCAGUUGAUGCUAUCCAGGACCACACAGAAUCCAGUGUUCAUGACUAAGAAUAUAUGCCCAGAGCGACUUGUGGAUGAAUCAAAUUGGCUUCUAGAAAUCCGGUGCCCAGAUGAUCCAGGACUAGUUGGCUAUAUCAUCUGGAACCUACACCAAGAGAUGCAGUCAGCAUCUUACAGUAAAUGUUCACGGAAGCUAAAAAACUUACUACUUUUUUCCUUUCUCCUUAAAAUACCAGACAAAUCAAUCAUAAUUUCUAUACAUAUCUGUAAAAAAGUAUUUUCUGUUAAUUUUUUUUUUUUGCCAAUUUAUUUUCUCCUACUUUGUCAUUAAAAACAAAUGUCUAUCUGGCUCACCACAUAGUGUGUUUUGAUUGUAUUUUGGCUUUGACUCUGCCAUUUCUGCAAUGUGGGGGAGGGGGGAAACAGAGAGCUGACUUCUCCAAUUGCUGUGUUGUAUUCCCACCCAAUUUCCUGGGCAGCUGAUGGACCUCUAGGAGAAAUACCAGAAAGCCUGCAGAAGUGGAAAACUACUGAUGAAGGAAGGAUGGUUCAUCUCUAAGGCUUCCAUUUGGAUGGGCCUGCCUUAACAUUAUUUGAAAUGCAGCGUGAGUAGCUCUUUUGUUUACUGUUUACUUCCUCGUGGCAUGUCAACCCCCCCUUACUUCACUCAUUCUCUUGCUUUUGCUUGAAAUGGUCUUGCUAACUCAUUUGGAAAUGGCCUCAGUAAACAUGGAAGAAAAUCUAGCAGGCUCACUUUUGGAAGACAACAGAUCAGUAAGGCUUAUUCGUGGCUCAGUGCCAGGAGCAGAUACGUUUUUUGGGGGGCCACUUUUAUUUUUGAAAUGGCCUUUGUAUAAUGAUCCAGUAACACUUUGUGUUAAAUUGUUUAGCAGCCAUUUCUGUUCUGAAGAGGUCGAAAAUCUGAAACUUGUUUUGAGAUUGGGCUUAAUUGUUUGUUCCACAACCCAUAUGUAUUCCUUCCUCUACCUCUCCCUUUCCCAAGUUACUUCCACCAUAGUGUGAUGUUUUGGGUUGUACAUUUUGUUCAAAAGAUUAAAGAAUUUAUGAGUUGGCUUGGGCAAGUUGAACUUUAUUUUUAAUGUGUUAAUUACUUGGAAUAAAUGCAUUGAUCUCAUGUUUCUUUCUGGAUUU